CUGACAUCAGCCAAUAAGGCACGGCGUGGCGUCCGCGCACUAAGGCUACACACCCACAUUGACUCUCGUGUUCGCCACUUUUGGGAUCCUGCAGGCAGAAGGUCUCCUCGGUGUCAAGAUAUCCAAACACCACCAAAACAAGCAACAAGUAGGUCCACCAUGUCUGACAGGAAGGCGGUGAUCAAGAACGCUGACAUGUCUGAGGACAUGCAGCAGGAUGCGGUGGAGUGUGCCACACAGGCCCUGGAGAAGUACAACAUCGAGAAAGACAUCGCCGCCUAUAUCAAGAAGGAGUUUGACAAGAAAUACAACCCAACUUGGCAUUGUAUCGUUGGAAGGAACUUUGGCAGCUAUGUGACUCACGAGACCAAACACUUCAUCUACUUCUACUUGGGCCAGGUGGCCAUUCUGCUCUUCAAGUCUGGAUGAAGCACACACGAAACACGCAUUGCUACUACUACUACUACUACUACAUGUUACUGACUGAUUUGACAAAGAUCAUUCCAAGGCAAGAGGCUGCUGCCUUUUUUCGUGCUUUCUACUUUUGUUCAGGACGAUUAAAAUAAUGUGGCCAUCUAAAACAGAUCAAACACCCUGUAUUUAUUUUUGUCUGUUAUAUUGAAAUGUCUUUUUUAAUUAAAACAUGGCUAUAAAGCU